AUGUCGCAGCAGUUGGUGCCGUGGGUGGAGAAGUACCGCCCGAAGUCGAUGGCGGAGAUCGUCGGCAACGCCGACGCCGUGGCGCGGCUGCAGGUCAUCGCGCAGGAGGGCAACCUGCCGAACCUGCUGCUCUGCGGCCCGCCGGGGACCGGCAAGACGACGAGUGUCCUCUGCCUCGCCCGCGCGCUGCUCAGCGACCAGGACGGCGGCGGCACGGCGGCGCUCAAGGAGGCCGUGCUGGAGCUCAACGCCAGCGACGACCGCGGGCUGGACGUGGUGCGGGAGAAGAUAAAGCUCUUUGCCCAGACGAAGAAGACGCUGCCGCAGAAGUUCAACGCGCGCACGCAGCAGCGGGUCAACCUGCACAAGAUUGUGAUUCUGGACGAGGCGGACAGCAUGACCCCGGCGGCCCAGCAGGCCCUGCGACGCACGAUGGAGCUUCACUCCAGCACCACCCGCUUCGCCUUUGCCUGCAACAACAGCCACAAGAUCAUUGAGCCAAUUCAGUCGCGCUGCGCCGUGGUGCGCUUCAAGAAACUCACGCACGCCGACAUAUUGAAGCGGGUCAUGUAUAUUAUUCAGCAGGAGAACGUCACCUACACGGAUGACGGGCUGGAGGCGCUGCUGUACCUCGCGGAGGGCGACCUGCGGGCUGCCGUGAACGCCCUGCAGGCGACACACUCCGGCUACGGCAUGGUGAACGCGGAGAACGUCUUCAAGGUCUGCGACCAGCCCCACCCGCUGCUCGUGGAGACCAUCAUGGACGGCUGCGUGCGGAAGCGGGACCUGGCGGCGGCACACAAGGAGAUGCAGCGGCUGCUGGGCCGCGGCUACGCGGCCUCGGACGUCAUCUCCACCUUUUUUAGGACGGCGCAGAAUCCCAAGUUGUUCCGCAGCGAGCAGCAGCAGCUGGCGGUGCUGCGCAUCAUUGGCGAGACCACCAUGCGCAUCGCCGAGGGCGUGGGAACCCCGCUGCAGCUUGCCAACAUGCUGGCCCGCAUCACCAUGGUCGCCGUAGACUGA